AGAGAGAGAGAGAGAGAGUGAGAGAGAGAGAGAACCAGAGAGAGAGAGAGAGAGAACCAGAGAGAGAGAGAACCAGAGAGAGAGAGAACCAGAGAGAGAGAGAGAAACCAGAGAGGGAGAGAGAGAGUGCACUGAGAGAAAUUCUGUUUGUUGAAAACACUCAAGCUGAGUGGAUGAGCUCCGGGUACAAGGUGAACUGAAUUCACGGGUGGAAAACUUCUUCAGAAACUGAAUAGUCUACAUACAACAAAGUUCAUUAAGUGUUGUAGUGUGUUUCUGAGCACUUCAAACCAUCUCUCUCAUCACCUGAAACUAACAGCACAUGUGGUUUGAACAAUUGGAGGACGUGGCGCCUCUUGUCUUUAAAUCAGCAGAUAUCUCAUCUGAUAGGGUGGCCAUUGUGGUCAACAGUUUAGAAGAGCUUCCUCCAUGUCAAUAGAGGAAAUUGUGAGAAGCUAACCAUUACAGGGCACAGACACAGUGAUGCUGAAGAAGGCACUUCAAGUGCAUAUUUUUUAGGGUACAACAGUACGAGCAUUAAAUCAACUCUGGUAUUGUGACUGAGACGUCAUGGCUUGUGCAGACAUCCCUAUGGCCAUCCUGGGUCCUGAAUCUGAGGAGCAGGAGUACGAGGAGGCCGGGGACCAGAGAGGAGAACCACUGAUCAACUAUUACCAAGCAACUGAACUAAUGUCUGCUCCCAAAGGACCACUCCAUGACCUGUUGCUGAAGCAGCCUGCUGUGUUGGGGUCUUUGCAGAUGACGAGCGGUCUACUCAGUGUUGCAGUCGGAGUUGUGUUUGCUGCCACUCGGGAUGCGAGCCAGUCCCUUUUAACCACGUUCAGAGUCGCGCCCUUCACUGGACUACUAUUCUUCAUCGCUGGGUUGUUAUCCAACCUGUUGUUCAAAUUCCCCAGACUAUUACCUGUCUGCCUGUGUGUCAACAUUGGCAGCAUGGUCGUAGCAGUAGUUGGAGGACUGUUGAUAUGCGUUGACGUGGGCAUGGACAUGUCUACCUGGAAUCCCAAUGUUCAACAUCAUAUAAAGCUGGAGCUGCUGAUGCUCUGUGUGUUGGUCAUGGAGGUGACCCUCUCUGCUGUCCUCUCCUUCUGGAUCCGGGAGGCGAAACGCAGCCAUUCACUGUGAACUGUUCUCUGUCUGACAGCUAUUCAUGGACGACCACAUCCAAAUAUAUUGACGUUUAAAAAAUGAAAUGAUAGUGAGCAAGGAAGACAAUGGGGGAAGAUAUGCUGUGUCAAAGGGCCGCGCCGCAGUAAAGGGACUUAUAAUGUCGUCUCUACUUGACUGUAAAUGAACUAACAUCUGGAUUUCCAGGAUAGAGAUUAUUCUAAAACUGUUUAGCUUUGACCAUCAGUAUGUGCCUCAAUGUAUGAGAAAGUACAGCAGCCUCAGAUAUCUUUACCCACUAUCCAGUCUAUGUAGGCCAGUGGUGAGUCCUCAUCAAGGGGCUUGACUCACCGCCCCUACACCUAUCUGUGGGUUUUAGAGUACUGUCUCAACCUCGGUGAUUGCC